AUGAACAACUAUAACAAAGUUAAUUAAUUAGAUAAUUCUAAUGUUACUAGCAGUAAAUGUUUGAAUACCUAAAACAAUCAGCAAAGCUCAUAAUAGCUUAGAUCUAUAACACCGCCAAAAAGGCCAGCUGUUCUUUGCAGAAAAAAUUCUAACAUUAUAAAUCAAAAUUCUCUACUAUAAAAUAGCACAAAUAAGCACCUCCUUAAUAUGCCUUCUCCUAUAAAUUAAAAUUUAAUGAAUAAUUAAAUAUGGAUCAAUAACUAAUUAGAUUAGUCUUCUUCUAUGUAGCUUAGCUUUAAUAACCAAAAUAUAUAAUAUGUUGAAAGUAGUUAGUAGCUUAAGGCAAGUAAUUCUUCUGUUUGCUAAAGCAGAUCAAAUAGCACUGCUAAUUCUUCACUCAAUUUAUAAAAUCAACUUUCUUCUGCUAUGCUAGCAAACAAUUAUAAAAAUGUUCCUUAAAACAAUAGCACUGCUCAGUUUUUUUAGAAAAGCGAGUUGGAUUAGUUUUUUUAACAAAAUAAAUCUUAAGUUAAUGCAAGCUUAUAAGACUAAUUAUAGGAUAAACCAUAGCAACCAAAUAACAAUUUUGUUAAAAUUUCUAAUAAUGAUGUUGUUAAUUAAGAAAAUAACUAACAAUAAAUCUAACAAAAGCAAAUGAAUCAAUAAAGAGCUGAUAAUCUAACAAUGAGCUAAGACUAUUAGAAUUAAUUGAAAAAUAGCUUAAAUGCACAAACCUAAAUAAAUACGACAAAUUAAAAUCAGGAAAUUAAUUGUAGCAAUUUAUCUAGUGUUAAAUAAGAAUUUACUGUUAAGGAAAAUGAAUAAAUGAAUCAAAGUUAAAUACAAAAAAAUUCUUAAUAGCUCAUGUAAUAAUCGAGCUAAUCAUAGUUUCAAUAAUAAGUGCAACAACAUUAGCAACUCUAUGAUUAAUCAGCAAAAACAUCUCAUAAAGUAAUGAUUCAGCUGAGUGAAGAAAUUGAAAGAAUGAAUAACUAAUUAAAAAAUAAAAAUAAAGAGUUUCUGAUUCUGUCAGAGAAAUACGAUAUUUUAUUAGAAGACAUAAAAUAAAAAGAACUUGAGUAUUAGCAGAAUCUUUAAUCUAGAGAUAUAUUACUUUAGUAGCAAUUAUAAAUCUCUUAAAGAGACUAAACACAAAUAAAUACUCUUCUUUUGGAGAUUGAGAGACUAACAACUAUUAUAAAAGCUAUCCCAAAUGAAUAAUAAAGAACUGAAACGAAUGGAGAAAUAAGAUAAAAAGUUGAAAAGCUUAUAGAGAUGAAUGAAAGUUUGUUACAAGAAAAUAAAGAACUUGGCGAAGAAAAUAUGCAGCUGAACGGAGAAUGUAAAAAAUAGAAAUUAGAAAUAGAUAAUUUGAAAAAGAUAGUUUCAGAGCAAGCUCAAGAAAUUCAAAAUGUUUAAAAGGAAAAUGAAAAACUAGUUGCUAAAUGUUAAAAGUAUAAAUCAAACUAAGACAAAAAGACUAAAGAAAAUAAAUAAAUAAAAUCUUUCAACAACAACAACAACAACGAAAGUUGUUAAGAAGAAUUGCAGAAUUAAAUUCAAUAAUAUGAAGAAGAAAUCGAAAGUAUUAAGUAUUUACUUAAAGAAAAGAUCUAAGAAAUUGAAUAUUGGAAAUGCAAGGCUCAAUGUUACCAAAGUGAAUAUGAUGAAUUAGAGUAACGUCUUCAAACAGCUUUAAAGAGCAAUCAAAUUCUGAAUGAUAAAAUAACUAAAUUUUCAUAAAUUCACCUGCUGGAGAGUGGUGUAAAGGAUUAGCUUUCUCAUUCUUCUGAAAAAUAAAAGGACAAAGAAUACCUUUCAGACUAAGAAUAAGAUAAAUAUUACUAAACUAAUGAAGAAUGCAAUGAUGUCCGAUAAGUCUAUUAAGAUGAACAAUCAGAAAAAUAGUUUGCAGCAUAUCACGAUAUAAACAGCUAUAAUAAUAUAGACAGAUAUAAUAAUUUUGUAAUUAAUCAGCCUUCUCUUGAUGAUAUAGACCUAAGUGAUUUGUAAAAUCAAUAAAGAAAAAGUAAGUAUGGAAUAUCCUCUAUUUAAUAUUAAAAUAGAAUAUAAGAAUUUUAAAAUUAGCAGCCUCUCUAAGAAUUUACAAAUAGCAUUACUAUAAGAAAAAAAAAUUCCUAAAUUAACGAAGAUUAUAGCUCAUAAAGCUAACUCAGAGAUAAUAAGAAAGCUAAAAAUAAAAAAUGA